AUGGGAUCCUGUUCACUAAAAUAAACAUAGAAUUAAUAGAAAAUUAAAGUAAAAAAGCAAUGCUCCUGUUGGGAACAGAAUGAGGAAACCCAAAAUAUGUGCUAACCUCCAUUAUAACCUAAUUAUGAGAAUAUCAGAUUAAACACUGGCUCAGAAGAAUGCGAUAUCUAGGAGAAGAUAUAUCAACUUUAAAUUACUAAAACGGAACCCUUAACAUUUUAAUCUAAAAAUUCAUUUGCAAUGCACAGCAAAGAUGGUCUAGAAAUUAACAUCAACUAAUAGAUGUCUGGUUAUGGCAUGGUUUCAUUUAAAGAUGGCAGCCAAUACGAAGGUUACUUUCAAGAAGGCUUGAUUCAUGGUUUUGGCAGAUUCACAGACAUAGAUAAUAAUAUGUAUAUUGGUGAAUGGUUUCAAAAUAAAAAACAAGGCUUUGGCAAGGAAGUAGUAAUAAAUCAGUACAUUUAUCAAGGAUAAUUUUUUAACAAUUUCAAACAUGGUAAUGGUUAUGCACAAUAUGAAGAUGGUACUAGUUAUGAAGGCUAAUUUUAAUAUAACCUGCUUCAUGGUUUUGGGAUUUAUAAAGGGCUAAAUGGUUUAAGUUAUGGGGGGAACUGGGUUGAUAAUUCAAUGGAUGGUUAAGGAAAGCUAACAUUAUCAAAUAAGUCAGUCUACGAGGGUUCUUUUAGAUAAAAUAAAAAGCAUGGGUACGGGGUUUAUACUUGGGCUGAUGGGAAACAAUACAAGGGGUUUUGGAAGGAUGAUGCUCAAGAUGGGGAAGGAGAACUAAUUAAAUAGGAUGGAUAACCUAUACAAAGGAAGUAUCAAAAUGGUAAACGAAUAGCCUCCAAUCUCAAAAUACUAAGUCCAAUCUGUUUUGAUUGA